CGCCUCUACGCCGCCUGUCAGCACGGGGCUCCGCGAACCGCGGUGACCACCCAGGCAGCCUUCCGCCGCCAGGCGCGUGUGAGAACAGGGACCCCUUCCUGCUGGCCUCCCGCGGACUGGCCGCCGGCCUCCCGCCCCCUUUCCCGGUGGGCCCUGAACCCUUGCGCAGCUUCCAACCCCCCGCCGGAAGUGGCAUGUGCCAGGCGGAAGUGCGUCGCGCGCGCAGUGCCUGCCGGGAUUUGGCGGGGCGCGCAGCAGCCGGUAGCGAGCUCGCGCCUUCUCGCCGUGCGCUGAGGCGGCGCCGCUCCCCCGCCUCCAGCCCCGGCGCCGCCAUGCCCGCCGCCAUAAGCCCCGCGGCGCCCACCGCGCAGGAGGCGCUGGAGAUCGCGGGCCGCAUCAUCGACCGGCAGAUCCAGGAUGAUCGCUGCUACCCGGACCUGUCCGAGCUGCUGGCGGUGCCGGCGCCCGGUAGUCCUACAGUUUCUGGUAUGUCAGAUAUGGAUUAUCCUUUGCAAGGACCAGGUUUGCUGUCAAUACCUAAUCUUCCAGAGAUCAGCCCAGUCCGCAGAGUCCCACUUCCCCCUGAGCUAGUGGAGCAGUUUGGACAUAUGCAGUGCAAUUGUAUGAUGGGAGUAUUUCCAGAAAUCAGCAGAGCUUGGCUAACCAUUGACAGUGACAUUUUCAUGUGGAACUAUGAAGAUGGGGGAGAUCUUGCUUAUUUCGAUGGCCUCAGUGAAACUAUUCUUGCGGUGGGUCUUGUGAAGCCGAAAGGAGGCAUUUUCCAGCCUCAUGUACGACACUUACUUGUUCUGGCUACCGCAGUGGAUAUUGUGAUUUUAGGGCUCAGUUGUGCUAACUUACAAGCAGGUUCUGGAGCCCUCAAUGACAGUAUGUCUGGUGGAAUGCAGCUGCUACCGGACCCUCUCUAUUCACUCCCUACAGAUAAUAUUUGCAUGCUGGCAAUAGCAUCCGCUGAUAACGGGCGUAUCUUUUUGGCUGGAAAGGAUGGCUGUUUAUACGAAGUAGCUUACCAGGCUGAGGCAGGCUGGUUUAGCCAGCGAUGUAGGAAAAUCAAUCAUUCAAAGGGCACGCUCUCUUUCCUUAUUCCUUCAUUACUACAGUUCACAUUCUCAGAGGAUGAUCCUGUAGUUCAAAUUGCCAUUGACAACUCUCGAAAUAUCUUAUACACGCGCUCAGAAAAAGGAGUUCUGCAAGUUUACGAUUUGGGACAAGACGGUCAAGGAAUGACUAGGGUUACUUCUCUUUCACAAAAUGCUGUAGUUUCUGCUGCUGGGAACAUUGCCAGAACAAUAGAUCGUUCUGUAUUUAAGCCUAUUGUUCAAAUAGCAGUGAUUGAGAAUUCAGAGUCCAUAGACUGUCAGCUGCUAGCAAUCACACAUGCAGGUGUCCGACUGUAUUUUAGUACUUCACAAUUUAAGCAUCCAACAGCUCGUCCCUCAAUGUUAACAUUGGUUCAUGUCCGUUUGCCUCCUGGAUUUUCAGCUUCUUCUAAUGUGGAGAAACCCUCAAAGGUUCACAGAGCUCUUUAUAGCAAAGGGGUCCUGCUGAUGGCAGCUUCAGAAAAUGAGGAUAAUGACAUCCUGUGGUGUAUCAAUCAUGAUUCUUUCCCUUUCCAAAAACCAAUGAUGGAAACACAGAUGACUACCCGUGUUGAUGGGCAUUCCUGGGCUCUUUCUGCUAUUGAUGAAUUUAAAAUUCAGAAGAUUAUAACUCCCCUAAAUAAAGACAUUAUUCCAAUAACUGAUUCUCCUGUUGUUGUGCAACAACACAUGCUGCCACCUAAGAAAUUUGUUCUGCUUUCAGCUCAGGGGAGCUUUAUGUUUCAUAAACUCAGACCUGUCGAUCAGCUGCGGCAUCUUCUUGUUAGCAGUAUAGGUGGAGAUGGAGAAGAAAUUGAAAGAUUUUUCAAGUUGCAUCAGGAGGACCAAGCCUGUGCCACUUGCCUUAUCUUAGCCUGUUCUAAUGCUGCUUGUGAUAGAGAGGUAUCUGCCUGGGCUACCCGAGCAUUCUUCAGGUAUGGUGGAGAGGCACAAAUGAGAUUUCCAUCAGCUCUGCCCCCUCCAAGCAAUGUAGGACCUAUUCUGGGUUCUCCUGUUCCUGCUGGUUCCCCCUUGACUGUUGAUAGUCCAUAUCCUAAUCCUAGCUUUUUGACAACACCUGGACAAGGCUUACAACCUCCCAGCAUGUCAACCCCCAUGUUUCCUUCAGGGAAUUCCAUGUCUCACCCUGGUACAUCCAUUAGUGGCAUGAUGGGUCCAGAGAUAGUGUUUUCUGGAAGGCACAAUGGCAUCUGCAUAUACUUUGCCCGGAUUAUAGGAAAUAUUUGGGAUGGCAGCAUAGUUGUGGAGAGAGUUUUCAAAAGUGGCAAUCGAGAAGCUGUUGCAGUAGAAAGCAGUGUUCCAUCCCAUGUGCUUGAAUGUAUACUACAAGAACUAAAAGGUUUACAAGAAUUUCUGGAUAGAAAUUCGCAGUUUGCUACAGUAGGAGCCCUUGGAAACCCAAGUUUCAGCACACCAGCUAAUCUGCAGCAGAGGCUCCUGGGUUUCAUGCGACCUGAUGGUGGAAGUUCUCAGCAAGUGCAGCAGGAACUUCAGAGGAAAUUUCAUGCUGAGGCACAACUAACUGAGAAGACCUCACUUCAAGGCAUCCAGCAGCUUGUUCGCAAAACUUGCCAGGCAUUAGCUUUGUGGAAAUUGCUAUGUGAACACCAAUUCAAUGUUGUUGUAGGUGAGCUUCAGAAGGAACUUCAAGAACAUCUAAAGAUUACUGCUUUCAAAGACUUGGUAAUUAGAGACAGAGAGUUGACUGGAGCACUCAUUGCUUCCCUCAUAAACUGUUAUAUCAGAGAUAACGCUGCUGUGGAUGGCAUCAGUGCCCAUUUGCAAGAUAUUUGUCCUCUACUCUAUAGCACUGAUGAUGCUGUCUGUUCCAAGGCAAAUGAACUGCUUCAGCGGUCUCGACAGGCUCAAAGCAAAGCAGAAAAAGAGAAGAUGCUGAGAGAGUCACUUAAGGAGUACCAAAAGAUCAGCAAUCAGUUAGACCUUGCUAAUGUUUGUGCACAAUACAGGCAAGUGCGUUUCUAUGAGGGAGUAGUAGAACUCUCUCUUACUGCUGCUGAGAAGAAAGAUCCCCAAGGUCUUGGCCUGCACUUCUACAAAAAUGGAGAACCAGAAGAAGAUGUUGUUGGACUCCAAGCUUUUCAAGAGAGACUAAACAGCUACAAGUGUAUCACUGACACCCUUCAGGAGUUAGUGAAUCAGAGUAAAGCUGCUCCUCAGUCUCCCAGUGUACCCAAAAAGCCAGGUCCGCCAGUGCUAUCCUCUGACCCCAACAUGCUAAGCAAUGAAGAAGCAGGACACCAUUUUGAACAAAUGCUAAAGCUGGCUCAACGUUCAACAGAUGAACUGUUUAGUAUUGCACUUUACAACUGGUUAAUACAAGUUGAUUUGGCUGACAAGCUCCUACAGGUGACUGCUCCCUUUUUGGAACCCUACCUUGUGCGGAUGACUAAGAUUGACCAAAACAAAGUCCGUUAUAUGGAUUUAUUGUGGAGAUACUUUGAAAAGAACAGAAAUUUUAGUAAUGCAGCCAGAGUCUUGGCUAAAUUGGCUGACCUGCAUAGCACAGAAAUUUCUCUUCAGCAGCGUCUUGAAUACAUCGCACGUGCCAUUUUGAGUGCCAAGAGUUCCACUGCCAUAUCCUCUAUAGCUGCAGAUGGUGAAUUCCUACAUGAACUAGAAGAAAAAAUGGAGGUUGCAAGGAUCCAGCUUCAAAUACAAGAAACAUUACAGCGUCAGUAUUCCCACCAUUCUUCAGUGCAAAAGGCAAUUUCCCAGCUUGAUGCAGAACUGAUGGAUAUAACCAAGCUGUAUGGAGAAUUUGCUGAUCCUUUUAAGCUCUCAGAGUGUAAGCUUGCGAUUAUACAUUGUGCAGGUCAUUCUGAUCCCAUCUUGGUGCAAACUCUCUGGCAAGAAAUCAUUGAAAAAGAGUUAAGUGACAGCGUAUCUCUGAGCCCCGCUGACAGAAUGCAAGCGCUUAGUCUAAAGAUGGUGCUGCUUGGAAAGAUAUAUGCUGGCACACCUCGCUAUUUUCCUUUAGAUUUUAUAGUGCAGUUUCUGGAGCAGCAAGUUUGCACUUUGAACUGGGAUGUAGGAUUUGUAACAUACACCAUGCAGGAAAUGGGCGUGCCGUUGCCAAGGCUACUUGAAGUAUAUGACCAGUUGUUUAAGGCACGGGACCCAUAUUGGAACAGAAUGAAAAAGCCUUUACAUCUUUUAGAGUGUAUUCAUGUAUUAUUAUCGGGAUAUGUACACGAUCCAAGCAGAGUACUUCACUUUGAGAGACGACGAUUCACAAAUGUUUGUUUGGAUGCUGUUAGUUGCUACCUGGUUGAACUUCAGUCUAUGAGCCCGACGCUAAUGGUGCAGACUACUGUUGGCAAUUUUAAAUCACUGCAGGCUAAAUUAGAACGUCUUCACUGAUUGACUAAGAUAAUAAAAGAACCGUUAGCCCAGAUAAAAUAAACUGUAAAAUGGACGUUCAGGUGUCUGCACUGAAUCUCUGGAAGAACAAAUACUCAGAAGGAAAUUCUGAGAAAGUUUUAUCUCCUGCUGCAAUUAUUGAUUGUGUGGCCUGUAUUCCUGCUAAUCUAAAGGUAUCUACAAAUUGUAGAAUGUAAAUGUGACAAAUUGAGUUUCUUUUGCUACUACCAAAUUUUUUAACAAUAGAAAGCUUUUUUUAUACUGUCGAAAUAAAAUACAUUGUCUGAUCUUUCCCUUGAGGAUUAAAAUUAUUUGGAAAAUAUUUUUUUUUCUUUUUCUUUACUUAAAGCAAUGGAGAAAAGUAAGAUGUAAAAUCUACUUUAUAGCUGUUUUACAAAUAUGAAAACAAGAAAUGAGAACUGCAGGAGCCCAGAAGAUGGUAAAAGCGCAUGUUGGAAGAGAGUCAGGUUGUAAAUCCCGUCAUAUCAGGGAGUAGUGAUAGAAUCAUAACUCUACCUAUGCAUGAGCUUAUUGGCAAAUCUUUCAAUAGUUAUGAAACAGUGAUUUCUAUAAAUAUAAUAAUUGGGGUGAAAUUACAGAAACUAGCAACUUAAUUUAUAUUGCAAGUGAAAGAACAGUAUUAAAAGCCCAUCAAACUGUUUUCGCUGUUCCAUUUUAAUAAACAUAGUGUAUCUGUUAAAAUGAGCUAAAGAAGACAAAAAAAGAAGUGACUUCUAUUUCCGUUACAUGCACACAAGCACCAGCUUGUGUAUAUUCCUUAAAAUGAGCAAAACCUAAACAUUAUUCUAUUCACAUGCUUCCUAAUAUUUAAAAUCUCAUCCUACAAGUAAAUGUACAGGUAUUUUGUCUUUAUUUUACUACCAUGCGUUAUAUACAUAUUCUGUAACAUAAACUCUAUAUCAUGCAAAAGAAAUUACCAGUUUAUCCUGGUCUUUAGUCUUCCUCAAGUAACUUCUCCAUAUAAGUAAACUGUCAAAGAAUUGGGAGAUAUUUUUGUGGGGGAGAAGAAGCAAAUAUCUUUGUUUAUACAUACAAAGGAGAUUAAUGUAAUCUUUUACCGGGAGAAUGAGUAUAGUCACUUAUCACAGCUGCUCCAAAACAGAGAAGAGAGUUGUGAAUUAAAACAUUUAUUUACAUGCAAGUUACCUACUCAUAGCCUAUACUUCCUGAUCUGAUUACUAUGCCCUAAAGUUUUGUUUAAAAACAGCCAUGAAAUUUCUGUCCCUAUAAACUGUCAAAUACAUUCUUACAUUUUUCAGGGAGAGAAUGUGCCCAGUAAAGUAAUAUGUAAAUUAGAGUAAAUCUGUUUUUUAUCUUUCCUGUUACAUCAAAAUAAAGCUGAAAUCUUAAUAUUGA